AUGUUCGGGUCACUCUCUCAGCCUACGCGUCAUAUCUACUCUUGCCUCACGUACUGGUUCCGGCGGUUGACAGAUCCAACAGCGGCAGAGCGGCGAGACAUCUGCGGAUACCUGCACGGCUCCAAUCAGCCGGCCCAUAGAAAUCGAAUCGAUGGUCAGGGGAUCUAUACACUAUCCAUAAAGCCAAACUCGCCGAACGACUAUCAAGAUUGGCUACAUGCCCGUGAGCUGGCACGACUUGAAGCUUAUAGGGACGAUGGAUCGACAGCAGGAACAGCGGCACGCCAUCGGAUCGACACGAAACGAUUGCUGCUUUGGCACGAGAAUCCCAUGCACAACGUCAUCAGUAUCCCUGAGACAGGUCUUCGCACUCGACCUCCGAACUGCACAGCCAGGCGGACAAUGUUUGGGAAAGCAAUAUACCUGGCUGAUGCGUCCAGCAAAUCGGCCAACUACUGCGGGAGCCACAAUGGCGAAGGGGCGGUCCUCGUUCUGUGUAAGGCCGAUCUGGGGCGAGAGGGAGUGAUGCAUGAACAGUGGUAUCGAGGUGGCGAUAUAGUGAUCCAAGACAGGGACAAAAAGAAGGGAUGUGUGCAAGGAGUGGUUCAACCAGCUAGCAGUUUGGAAAUCAAUCAGCUGGCGUAUUGCAGCUGCGCCAGCAACAUCAGCCGCGGAAGUCGAGAUGGUGAGUUGUUAAACUUCGCUAUGAACUUGUUAACGUAA